AUCUUCCAAUGGAAUGAUUGCGAUUUGAAUGUCGUGAAUCAUUUAAUUUACUGGAGUUCAUUCGAACUUGCUCAUUCUGCUCUUUGAAUGAAAGUCUCGAACUAAGUUACUUACUGUAGCCUACUGCUGUGACUGACGCUAGCUAGAGCUAGCUACUGACUGUAGCCUACCGCUAGCGACCAACCUUUAGCCCAUAUCAGACAUAGCACGGCUAGUGAUUUGAGUCAAGCAGGACACAAGGGUAACAUUUGAUCAAGUUAGCGAGCUCAAAAAUCGCAGCAACUGUUAAGUAGUACCCAAUUUAACCAAUUUACAUAAUUGUUUGAAGGCUCAUGAAAUUCCUUUAAAACGUAAUCUAGAACCGUCUCUGUUCUACAGUGAGUCCUGCACAUGUGACCCUGACCCGGGAUAGAAUUGCUAGCCACCAUUAUCAUUUGAAGCAUAUUCAAGUCCUAGCUAAGUAAUAUCGUACUAUCAAAAUAAUUCCACUGAAACCAUUUGGAUUGCGAACUCAAUGAAGCAAGUCAGGUUCGCUGCUAUACUGUAGUUACUAAUUUCCUUUAAUCCUAGCUAGUUAUUCGUUCAUGACAUUGGAUCCUGCCGUUAUGCUUACCCGAUAUUGCAACAACAACAUACUCAGUUUUAUGCCAGCAUGAUCCUGUGAGUUGUCUAGACUUCGAUUGCAAAGUUACGCUGUUGUAAAUUAAACAGGAGUUGUCACCUGUGAGUGCAGACAUUUAAUUGGCUCAUGAGUCUUCAAUUAGUGGAAAGAUUUCAGGCUAACUUGCAUUACCAGGUCACUUUACGAGGGCGUGUUUAAUGGGGUGCAAUCGUUGACUUUCUAAACUGGGGCUGCCAGACUGCAAAGACCCCUUAAUUGGCAAUAACCACUAGGCAGAUUGGAAUUGCUUAACUGGAUGUUUCGAUGUUCACGGCCGUUGGCUUCUUUGGGGUCUGUCUGGACCCAGCGAUCCCAGCUGCUGUUUGCCACGGACCCACAUCUACCUGUACAAUCAAACUACCUGACACUGACAGACCCAUAUCUAUUUGUCAAAUCGGACUACCUGUCACUGAGGCAGAUAUGGGAGAGAAAUUUGAGGACGUUAUGUGAGGUCUCCCUCUGGGCACUGCCACGCCCUCACGCUGAGAGGAGGAACCACUGGAGGUGGAGCGACUCACCCCAUGAUCUGAGGAUCUCACUGGACGGCCUUAACAGGCACAGCCUCAGGACGACUUUCUCCUCGCUCUCUGUGCCAUUUCAGGUGUCCGUCGAAAGGGCCGUCCCCAGCCAAGCCGAAGCCACUUUAUUGGAGCAGCUGAGCCGAAUGAAUCGGCAGAAGCCAGCGCACGGCAGUGACCUAAGCAAGUGCCUGUCAGAAAACCUGCUUCUGGGUGAAAGCCUCAGUUCAACCUCAAAAUUAACCCGGGGUCACGCGUUGGCCGCUGGACGCGUGGGUGGAAAUCCUCCCCUCUGCAGGGGUCUGUUUCACCGGGACCUCUCCUCCCGCUGUGCCGGGGCCGCCCUGAGGCCCCGGGGCGCGGCACCCCGUCAGGGCCUCUCGCUCGGCCAGAGCCGCCGCCUGCACCAGACGCUCGCCGGGGCCGUCCUGUCGGCGGAGAACGAGGCGCGGUGCCGGCGGGUCCUGCAGCCCAACGCGGCGGUGUACGAGCGGGAGCGGGAGAGGGCGGGGCGGGGCCAGCGCGGCUGGGCGGCGGUGCUGGUGUCCCUGUGCUCCGUGGAGGGGGAGCCGGCCUUCCUCUUCACUCUCAGGUCCAGCACCCUGAAGGGCCGGCACAAGGGGGACGUCAGUUUUGCAGGCGGUAAGCAGGACCCCUCGGACCGGGACGUUGUAGACACAGCGCUGAGGGAGGCCCGCGAGGAGCUUGGCGUCGCCGUGGCAGCCAGCAGCGUUUGGGGCACUCUGAAGCCGCUGCGCGACAUGUCCGGAAUGCUGAUCGCCCCGGUUUUGGCUAAUCUUGGCCCCCUGGAGGCACUGUCGUUCCGUCCAAAUCCUAGUGAGGUGGAAGAGGUGUUCAGCGUGUCCCUAGCUCACGUGUGCAGCCCCAAAAACCGCGGCUACACCAACUACCGCGUCGGCGAGCGCUAUGGCUACACCACGCCCGUGUUCCUCAACACCAAGCACCGCGUGUGGGGGCUGACCGCCGUGGCCCUGGACCACACCCUCAAAAUAAUCGUGCCUCCAUAGCAACACGUGGCAGUAUGAGCCUCGCCCGACCCCAGACGGCAGCCAUGCAGGUCGUCGUCCAGUUCAGCCCAGCCCAAGUCCCAGCUCUCCCACCUUCCAUGUAUACCUUUAGCAUUCAGUUACAUGUCAACUGUUUCAGAGCAGAAUUGCUGAUGAAGACGGUGCUAAUUUAUAUUUGUAUUUAUAUUCGUAUUGUCCUGCCAUAACUGGGUAAAGAGACUUUGACUGGAACGGGGCAAUUCCACAGUGACUGACAUUACAACUGCUGGAUAUUUGGGUGGUGAAGCCCAAUACAGCUACAUAACAGAGACUGAUAAGAGUUAUUGAGAUAAGAGGGAUACAGUCUCUAAUGUAUUUGACAUCAGUCACUGUGGAAUUGCUCAACUGAAUUCUGCAGGGAAGGGACCUGCCGUUGAUGGAAAGCUGGUCGUAUGGGUGUCGUACACCUUAACAGUACUUACCUCUAUUUACUUCUAUUUAAUUUUUCAGAAACUGUUACAAUAAUAACAUCUGAAUCAUGACGGAAAGUGAUAUUGUUACGUCUCAAAGACGAUGCAAUAAAACACUUAAAGAUUU